AUGUCGAGAGCCAGCAAAGAAAAGAUCUCGCCAACAGAAUACCUUACGAUUGUGGGUAGGGGCACCAACUUUGGGGGCAAACAACUUUUUAUGGAUAAGGACAUCUUGGUGGCCAGUCCCCCAAACAAGAGAUGUGAGGGUAGCUGCAGUGCAACAGCGAUGCCCCUCAAAAUACAUCACCCACACUCUCAGGACACACGGCUCAAAAAGACUCCAGGAAAACGCAGAAAUACACAGAUGUCUGACACAUCUGAACGUCUCAUCCAGCUGCAGCGCUGUAUGCUGCAGCAUGAAUCAGUGGUUGUGAAUCAGGGUGAUGGGUCUAACUCACUGGUAGCCUUUUUGGCUCUUAUGGCAGCAGUGCUGACAGAAUGUGACCUCCACUGCCAUAGUCAGAGACUCAGAGAGAUGGCCACCAGACUAGAAAGAGCGGUGGGCAAAAAUGGGGAGAAAGACUUGCUGCUGUUGCUGAAGAUUAUCACACAUUCUAAACCUACUGGCUCCAAACCAAGGACUCCUACAGUGCCUCCAACUACAGGACUUUACCCUCAAGACUGUCAUGAGAUCUACCAAUUAGGAAUUAAAGAGAAUGGAAUAUACACCAUACAACCAGAUCCAAAGCGGCCAGCACUAGAGGCUGUGUGUGACAUGGUUUCGGCUGGUGGGGGAUGGACAGUGUUUCAGCGCAGGUUUGAUGGACAGACUGAUUUUAACCGAACCUGGCAAGAGUACUGUGAUGGAUUUGGAUCCCCACAGACAGAGCACUGGUUAGGGAAUUCAGUUCUGUAUGCUCUGACUGCAAGCGGGCAUCAUACGUUGCGCAUUACUCUCCAAGACUGGCACGAACAGACACGUCAUGCUAAUUAUAACACCUUUAAAGUUGCAGGAGAAAACUAUCGGUUUCGCCUAACUGCUCAGGAUUACCAUGGUGAUGCUGGCAAUGCACUCAGCUAUAGCAAACAGUAUAACCAUGACGGCAGAGCUUUCAGUACAUUCGACCGAGACCAUGAUCGCUACGCUGCUGGCAACUGUGCCUGUUAUUAUGGGGCAGGCUGGUGGUUUGACUCUUGUUUGGCUGCUAACCUCAAUGGCCGCUAUUACCAUGGCCGUUACAGUGGCAUCACAGAUGGCAUCUACUGGGGCACCUGGUAUAUCCUGACUGACAAUCGCACAGGGGAAAGAUACUCAUUCAAAAGUGUUGAAAUGAAAACAAGACCAAAAAGGAGCUAA